CAAGUGGUUUCAACAUGGCGCCGGCAUAAUAACGUUGGUGAUAAACAAAUGCUUUUUUUGUUUAAUUGUUGGCUAGUUUUUGUGUUUACAUACAGGGCACGUUUCAUUUAACUAUCUGGAUCUUAAAUCGGCAACAUGGGAGGCGGUGAUCUUAACUUGAAGAAGAGUUGGCAUCCUCAAACGCUAAAGAACAUCGAGCGCGUCUGGAAGGCUGAGCAGAAGCAUGAAGCUGAGCGGAAGAAGAUUGAGGAACUCCAAAAGGAGUUGAAGGAGGAGAGAGCUCGAGAAGAACUCACAAAAUUUGCAGAAGAAAGGGGCUCAGUCAAGAAGAAAGAUGACCGUCUGGACUGGAUGUACCAGGGUCCUGGUGGCCAGAUCUCCCGUGACGAGUACCUGAUGGGCCGUCCCGUUGACAAGCAGGUGCUGCAGCAGUACGAGGAGGAGGAGAGCGGCCCCUCCAGCCAGACCGGCCUGCUGCCCGGCUCCAUCUUCAACCCCGCCGCCUCCACCUCCACCCUGGACAUGGCCGCCAAGAUCCGCGAGGACCCCCUUUUCGACAUCCGCAAGCGGGAAGAGGAGAAGAAGCGAGCAGUUCUCACAAAUCCAGUGAAGAUGAAGAAAAUCAAAGAAAUGCUUCAACAAAACCUUGACAAGAAGUCCAAGAAGAAGAAGAGGAAGAAGGACAAGAAGGAGAGGAGGGAGGAGAAGAGGGAGAGGAGGAAGGAGAAGAAGCACAAGAGGAGGAGGAGCGCCUCUUCCAGCGACAGCUCUGACGAUGACGAUGAUGACCGGAAACCACGGUCGCGUGCCAGGGACAAGUCUCCCGAUACCCCUCCAAUGCUUCGCCGGGACAAGUCUCCAGAUACCCCUCCAAUGCUUCGCCAGGAGAGGCCUGGCUUUGGACUACAGUUCCCCAACGGACGUUCUCAUCACUCCUCAGGCCAUCAUCGAGACAGGAGUCGCUCCCCGGACUCACACCGUGACAACCACUCGUCCAACGGCUACGAGCGCAAGGGCCCACCGCGCAGAGCUCCCAGCCCGCCCAAACCACGCUACCAGCGCCCACAAAACACCAAACACACCAGACACCUGUCUGCAGAGGAGUUGGAGAGGAAGAGGCGUGAGAUGAUGGAUUUCGCCCAGCAGAGGGACGAGGAGCGCGAACGCAACGUGAAGCAUUACAAGCAGCAGGACGAGCAGGAGAAGAUGAGGGAGAAGACGCACGGCAGCGACGGACGACGCAACAACUUCAUCCAUGAUAUGAAGUUGGAGAGCGCUUCCACGUCCUCGCUGGAGGACCGGGUCAAGAGGAACAUCCACUCCCUCCAGAGGACGCCAGCCUCUCUGGAGAAGAACUUCAUGAGGAGAUAGUCAGAUAUGAACAUUGUUACCCAAGGACUCACUGGGCAAGAUGGAGUUACGGAGGAAUGGAUAGAUACAAGCAGGGCUCUAAAUUAACACCAGUCAAACUGCCAAAUGCUGGUGACCAGUUUGGCUGGUAGAAAAGCUAACUUGCCGGCUACUUUGACCCAUUAGUAAGUGUGCGUUCUCAAAGAGAUCACUCUCUGAUCUACUAGCCAUCUGGUCUGGCGCUGACAAAAGUUAGUUUAGAGCCCUGAAUGGGAUGAGGUCCUUUUUGGAUGUUUGGGACCAAACGAAAAUGAUUCUACUGUGUUUCCCCUCAUAUCUUCACCUUGUAUCUUGUUAAAUACACCAGCGCAAUGUUUUUCCUGUAUAUUUUAAAUUUAUAAUUGACUGUGGCUGUGAAGAUAUGGUUUUAUUUUAA